AUGUAUAUGGCUUUAAAAAAAAUAGAUACUGAAACAGUUCGUUUAUUCGAACUGUAUAAACGCAGUUCAGAUAUACCAACAUGUAGCGAGUUUAUAAGUUUUAUUCGCGAACACCUAAAAAUAUUACAACGCACUUCAGGUAAAUAUGAUGCUAAGAAAACUUUGGAACGUAAAUAUGAUACGACAAGCAAAAUUUCAAAACCAACGCAUACAUACCUAAAUACGGCGACUGCACCUACGCAGCCGGUGUGUUCCCUAUGUAAUACGCGACACGAACAUUUGUAUACAUGCUCAACUUUUCAUAACAUGACCGCUAACGAUCGUUUUAAAUUUGUUAAGGCGAAUAAUCUGUGCGUGAACUGCUUAGGGAAGCACCGAUUAACUGCCUGUAACUCUUCUUCACGCUGCCGCCGGUGUAAUAAUUUACAUCACACCAUGCUACACUUUGAUAACAAUAACAGCGCCGCAGCCACGGGCACCACGUCUGGCGACAGUACUUCACGCACUUUACCUGCUGCCACGCUGCGCAAUGCCGCUUCCACUGUGCGCCUUGCCACUGCCAGCACUUCGGUUGACGGUAGUACCGCUAAUAAAGGGCGAACUUCGGUGAUACCCACGCAACCCCAUGACGUCACAUUGUGUUCCUUAUCUAAUUGUAAUGCUUCCCGCACACCUACUACGGUGUUACUCGCUACCGCACGCGUUGUUGUUUUCGAUACGCAAGGUAGGGAACACAACGUGCGCGCUUUAUUGGACAGUGCCUCGCAAAGUAAUUUCGCCAGUCGCAGCUUAUGCCAGCGGUUGGGUUUAGAGACAAACCAGAAACCCUCAUGUUCAGUGGUUAAAGGGAUUGGAGGUACUACUAAGCCAAUUCUAAGUUCGGUUUCGGUGAAAUUCUUUUCCCGCUUUGAUCUCAGUGUGUGUUUUAGCAUGGACUCGCUCGUAGUCGACAAGGUCACGGAGCGCUUGCCCACUGUGUCUGUGGACAUUUCGUCGUUGAUCAAUUUUAAUAAUUUACCUUUAGCUGACGAUACCUACGCUGCCCCUGGAGAUAUUGAUUUGUUGAUUGGAGCAUCAAUCUUUCCUCACCUUCUCUUAUCCCGUAAAGUUCAAGGUCAGUCUGAUUGUCUCUCACCGCUCGCUUUAGAAACCGUGUUAGGUUAUGUUAUUGUCGGCUCUGCUCCUGCUCUAGUUGAUAAUCACGCGUCUGUCUCAUAUUGUUGUGCUACAGACCCGCUUGACGCUGCUGUACGUAAAUUCUGGCAGAUAGAAGAAGUAAGCGCCCCGCAACUAUUGAGUCCAGAUGAUAAGGCGUGUGAAGAUAUCUAUAGCAGCACGACUACCCGUGAUACGGAUGGUCGAUACAUGGUCGCGCUUCCAUUUAAAGGGGAUGUAUUUUCAUUAGGUGAUUCGUUUAAGAAAUCUAAAAAUCGCUUUCUUUGUUUAGAACGUAAAAUGCAGGCAUCACCUAAAUUAAAGGAGGCGUAUGAUAACGUGAUUAGUGAAUAUUUAAAUAAGGGUUAUAUUUCUCCCGCUCCUCUAGACACUGAAGAAACUCGGAAUUUACCCUCAUAUACAAUACCUCACCAUGGUAUAAUAAGAGAAGAUAAACUUACUUCUAAAUUACGCAUCGUCCUGGACGGUAGUUCAAAGUCCAGUUCCCAAAUCUCGCUUAAUGACAUUUUAUAUAAUGGGCAAAAUCUGCAAGGAAACUUAUUUCAUAUUAUUGUUAAUUUUCGCUUAUUUCGUAUCGCUCUCUCCGCUGACAUUCGUCAAAUGUUUCUUUGCAUUGGAGUUCGGCCAUGUGACCGAAGGUUCCAACGCAUUCUGUAUCGCUUUUCGCCGCAAGAACCCUUGAAGGUUUAUGAAUUUAACCGCGUUUGUUUCGGACUGAAGUCUAGCCCGUUUCACGCUCUUCGUACCAUAAAGCAACUAGUUUUGGAUGAAGGUGCUUCUUAUCCGCGAGCACAGCAAACAGUCAACACUGGUUUGUAUAUGGAUGAUUUUGUCUACAGCAUUGACAACGAAGAUGAGGCUAUUUCCACCGCUGCGGAAGUAAUCGCUUUGAUGAAAGCCGGACAAUUUGAUCUUGUUAAAUGGACAAGCAAUUCACAAAGAGUCUUGGAUUCUAUUACGCCGUCGCAUCGUCUCUCUGCUGUAAAGGAGUUUGAUGACUCUGAUUCGCAUAAGGUACUAGGACUAUGCUGGUCACCCGCAACAGAUAAUUUUAGUCUUAAAAUAUGUACAACCGCUGAAUCAUGUACAAAGCGUACUAUUCUGUCGUGUGUCGCUAGGAUAUGGGACGUCAUGGGAUUUGUUGCACCAGUGGUCUUAUACGCAAAACUUCUCAUAAAACAACUUUGGUUGUGUGAAUGUGAUUGGGAUGAUAUACCACCCGACCACAUCAUUCAACAGUGGUCCCGUUUUAAGGAGGAACUUCCUCUUCUUGGAAAAAUUAAAAUUCCACGACAUGUUGGCAUCGCGUCCGGUGAUGUUGUAACCGUUGUGGGCUUCGCGGACGCAAGUGAAAGGGCCUACGGAGGAGUUGUGUACUUUCAUGUAAGAGACAGUCAAGGUCUUCGCAAAAACUCAUUUAGUCUGAUAAGCGCUAAAUCUAAAGUGUCACCUCGUAAGGUGGUUUCGCUAGCACGUCUCGAGCUUUGUGCAAUAUUAGUCUUAAGCAACUUAAUUGCUAAUGUAAUUAAUGCUUGUAACAAUCGCAUUAAUAUAGAUCGUGUUUUCGCAUUCUCAGACUCGACUGUAGCUCUUUGUUGGGUGCAUUCUUCGCCCCAUCGUUGGGAUACUUUCGUUGCUAAUAGAGUCUCUAAGAUUCAGAAUGAAUUUCCACCGCGAACAUUUUAUCACAUCGCUGGCCAUGAAAACCCCGCUGAUUGUUUAUCUCGUGGCCUUAGUCCCGCACAAAUCAUUGAUCAUCCGCUUUGGUUCUGCGGUCCUCAAUGGAUUCUAUCAGAUCCAAGUUUUUGGCCUGUUACGGAUUUUAAUCCAUCUACUGUGUCUCAGCCUCCAGAAGUAAAGAAGCAUGUAACUCUUUUCACUGCUGAAGACUGUGAAAAGGUUGAGAAAAGUUUUUUAAUUACGCUUGCAAAUCGUUUUUCAUCGUGGUCAAAGCUUUUACGCAUUGUCGUUUAUAUCUGUCGUUUUGUUAAAUUAUUGCCUCGGCGUAGUACUAUAAUCGCAGCGGAUUUAGAUUACGCUGAGAAUUUAAUACUGAGUGACCUUCAACGGUCCCACUUCUUCAACGAAAUCGCUUAG